AUGGCAAGACACCGCCACCAAGCUUCUCUCGAGGGGGUUUUGGACUUCUCAGUACCCUUUUCAUUAACACCACAACAGCACGAGACUGCAAGGAACCUUGUGACCAGGCUUAUACGGCAUUAUGGCCCGGAGAAGACCGUUCGAAAGGGCUAUAGGCCUGCGGCACUUGUCCAGGCCAUUCUCGAGCACGUUGCCUCUCCAGAUACCUUUAUGACUUUCUUUAUUUCAUACAUCUACGAGGCUUUGUGUUCGGACGAAGGACAUGCUGCUGAGUCCGACAUCACGCACCCCCUGCUAUACCUGGAGGGAUUUUCUUUAUGGGAGCCCGAAAAAAUAAAAAUGCUCGACGGAGGUCUAGAAAAGUUUGCUGAGUAUAUUGUUGAAAACUUUCUACUUCCUCUUAGAGCAUCGUCAGUCAAGACACCACAACCAACUCCCACGUCGUUAUCAUCGCUGCAGAGCUCAACGCCGACCGGAACAAGGCAGCGUGUAUCUGUCUUGCGACAGAGCUGCCUUGUACGCGAUCGCCACCGCUGUGUAGUGUCUCGGAAGUUUGAUAGAGUAGCAGCCAGAGAACGUUUUGCAGAGAACUCGGAAUCUUGUGCAGACGAUGACGGGAAGCUCUUAAAGGAUGAGGCCAGUGAUCAAUUUCAAUAUUUGGAAGUUGCCCACAUUUUACCUCAUUGCCUAACGACGAUAGCUUCUGGAGAUACAGAUUUGAGCGAUUCAAAGAAAGAUGUUCUUCAGAUCUUGGACAUGUUCGAUCCCGGAAUAAUCCAUCUGAUCGAUGGACCAAACAUUGACAGCCCCACAAAUGCCCUUACCUUAACACUGGACUACCACCGGUUGUUCGGUGAAUUUCAGAUAUAUUUCGAACGCACUGGCAUACGUCACCAGUAUAGGAUUGACUCGACAGAACACAGUCCUUUCUUACGUGACCCUUUAUUUCCCGUCACGCGAUUACUGACCCUUAGUCCUCAUCGAACAGUAGAUCCGCCAUCGCCCCGGCUUCUCGACGUCCACCGCGCCAUUGCCCUUAUCAUGAAACUGAGCGGUGCAGGCGAAUACAUCGAGAGGAUCCUUCGUGAUAUGGAAGAAUUGAAUGUCAGGGAAGAUGGGUCGACGCAUUUAGGACAUCUUGCAAGCUUAAGACUUAGCGGGUGGUUAAAUACCCUAUCUGUGUGUUAA